AUGCUUUCCUUUACAGACCCUUCUUUACUCUUCAAGUACUAGGAGGGAAGGAGGGGUCAAUAUGCUUAUUUAGAAGCACGUUUCUUACUAAAGCUAGGUGUGAGUGGAUGCUGCUUUAGUGGUUAUCUUCUUCUCAUUGUGUUCUAAAGGAAAAGGUGAAGUUCGAGAUUGAUUCUGGUCUGAUGAGUGAAGUGAUGGGAAGGAAGUGCUUUCUUGAGCUGUAACUUUUUUUCCUUCCAGAAAAUAGAUGGAAUGAGGAAUUGAGGAGAAGAGUAAGACGCGACCAGGUUUUUUCCCAGAGGUUGUUGAGUUGGGGCUUUUCUUGCAAUGAGCCAUUGAGAUUGGGAGUUCUUGGCUUGAUACUAUAUUGUGAGUUGACAGUGAGAGGGACCUGGGGGACUUUGUUAUGUUUGAGUUCUCUUCUUUAGCUUGGAGUAGUUUGUUCAGUGGAAUGACUUUUUUUGUUUUUUGCCACUGACGUUGACUAAGUGUGGACCUUUGAAGUUUCAAAAUAAAGCUUGAAAUUUUACUCUUUCCCCUUAUUUGUUUUUGUUUUUCUGCUGGCUUUGAAACUUGUGCUAGGAAGAGACCUGGGAAAUUAAAUUUCUUGCAAAGGACACUGGAGAGUGCAGCUGCUGAGCAGAGAUUCUGGAAAGCACUCUGUCCCUGAGCCUCUAGCAUGGCGGGCCUGAAGCGGCGGGCAAGCCAGGUGUGGCCCGAAGAGCAUGGUGAGCAGGAACAUGGGCUCUACAGCCUCCACCGUAUGUUUGACAUCGUGGGCACCCACCUAACGCACAGAGAUGUUCGUGUGCUUUCUUUCCUCUUCGUUGAUGUUAUUGAUGACCAUGAGCGGGGACUCAUCCGAAAUGGACGUGACUUCUUACUGGCACUGGAGCGCCAAGGCCGCUGUGAUGAGACUAACUUUCGCCAGGUGCUGCAGCUGCUGCGCAUCAUCACUCGCCAUGACUUGCUGCCCUACGUUACUCUCAAGAAGAGACGGGCUGUGUGCCCUGAUCUUGUAGACAAGUAUCUGGAGGAAACAUCAAUUCGCUAUGUGACCCCCAGAGCCCUCAGUGAUCCAGAACCGAGGCCUCCCCAGCCCUCUAAAACAGUGCCUCCCCACUAUCCUGUGGUGUGCUGCCCCACUUCAGGUUCUCAGAUGUGUAGUAAGCGGCCAGCCCGAGGGAGAGCCACACUUGGGAGCCAGCGAAAACGCCGGAAGUCAGUGACCCCAGACCCCAAGGAAAAGCAGACAUGUGACAUCAGGCUUCGAGUCCGGGCGGAAUACUGCCAGCAUGAGACUGCUCUGCAAGGCAAUGUCUUCUCCAAUAAGCAGGACCCACUUGAGCGCCAGUUUGAGCGCUUUAACCAGGCCAACACUAUCCUCAAGUCCCGGGACCUGGGCUCCAUCAUCUGUGACAUCAAGUUCUCUGAGCUCACCUACCUCGACGCAUUCUGGCGCGACUACAUCAAUGGCUCAUUAUUAGAAGCACUGAAAGGUGUCUUCAUCACAGACUCUCUCAAGCAAGCUGUGGGCCAUGAAGCCAUCAAGCUGCUGGUGAAUGUGGAUGAGGAGGACUAUGAGCUGGGCCGACAGAAACUCCUGAGGAACUUGAUGCUGCAAGCAUUGCCCUGACCUUCCCCCAUCUCACCUCUCUGGGGAUUGUUGGCUCCAUCACCUCUGGAGCUUUCAUACUGUUCUGGGGUUUGUUCUCUGCCCUUCAACCAAUCACACCACCUUUUCUUUUUUCUUUCUUUCUUUUUUUUUUUAAGGAAAAGACAAAGGAAAGUGGAAAUGGUGUUCCCUCCCCCUCCCUGCACCCAUGUGCCUGGGCUUCCCCUCUGUUUCCUGUUGCCACUUCCCCCCUAAUGUGUGUCUCUACAGCCACCUUACCACUGAGCCGUAAGACAAGUGUAUAGGGACGGAGUCUAUGGAACAUAGCCUUUGUAAGGGACUGAACGUUACUUUCAGGUGCACUGAGGGGUAAUCAAUACUUAUGGCUUUAUGAGGGCUCUAAAAUUUUGUCUGAAAAACCAAAGGGCUGUGAGUAAAGGAGCUGUGUGGAAGGUG